CCCAUCGUUGGUGCGUGGGCUGAGUCUCGACUACCCUGACCCAUCGGACUAUGGCAUCGCCAGGAGUCGCCGGGCGUCCCUCUCGGCUGAACAGCGGCGCAAGCUGUCUAUGCUGCGCACAACCAGCAUCCCAGUUCCGCCUACCCCGGUGAGCCACAUUUACCAUUUGGUACCCUGCCCGAGAAAGUGCUGUCAUCAGAAAUAUGUGGUCAGUACGGACCGAAGUGGAGACAUCCAUGUUCAUGUUCAGGGUGACCUGAGUCAACAAGACAAGCGAUGUGUUUUUCUAACGGUCCACGACCUUGGAACCAACCAUUCUUCUAUAGUGGAUUUCGUGAACAGCCCGGCUAUGACCGAGAUCAAGGAGCGUUCUUGCUUCAUCCAUGUUGAUGUGCCGGGGCAUGAGGAGAGCUCGCCUGAUUUGCCUGAUUCCUACCAGUUUCCAUCUCUUCAAACUCUUGGCGAAGAUCUGAUCACAGUCUUGGACUUUCUUCAUGUCCGCUAUGCUGUCGGCCUCGGCGAGGGAGCUGGAGCCAACGUCCUAGCUCGAUGCGGGUUAGCCCAUCCCCGCAGACUUCUUGGCCUUCUUCUGGUCAAUUGCACCGCGUCUACGUCUUCAGUUGCUGAUGCCUUCAGGACCAGGUUCUCGCGUUGGAGGGGCACGGACAUCUCUCAGUCGGAAGAAGACUUCCUCAUUUAUCACAAGUUUGGACACGUGAGUUUUGAGGAUCAUCUUGAUUACAAAUAUCAGCAAAUUAACAGCGACUCGUGCGAAGUGGGCGAGAAGGAGCGUUUGCUGACGGAGUAUCGCUCGCGCCUGCGCGGGAAUCUCAACACGCAUAACAUCAAGCAGUAUGUGCGCGCCUUCAUCAAUCGCAAGGACCUGGUGCUGAAGGGCUGUCAACCGGAUAUCCUGCUCAUUACGGGCAUGCUCAGCCCUUAUGCCAGCGUCGUGGAGAAGAUGUACAAGGAGCUGGAUAAGGAGAAAGUGACAAUCCUGAAAAUUGACAGAGUUGGAGACGUCUUGGCUGAAGCACCCGCCAAGGUAGCCCAGUCUCUGCUGCUCUUCUGCCAAGGCCAAGGCCUGCUGACCUCUCUGCCGCCACCCGGAGUGGAGCGCCGCAUGUCGCGCGCCAUGUCCAUGGAGGAGUACGACAAGCCCAACAUCCGCCGGCUUUCGCUCACGCCCAACUCGUCCGAGUCGCCGCCGCCGAGGAAAGUGUAGGUGACAGGACUCGCCGCGCUCUGUGUCCCAGAGUAGACGGCGGGUGUGAUAACGGUUGGGUCGCUCUACAUGUGAAACGGUUCUUAUGUUAUGCUUACUUUAAGAUUAAUUAGAUUUCGGCGCUUUCUACUUCCUGCUGGCCGUCAAAAAGGUUUAUAAUAACAUUGGAAGAAACUACUGCAAUUUUAAAAAUGCUUUUGUGGAAUAUACUAUAUAUAUUUUGGGGACACACAUAGAAAAUAGUCCGGCUAGACGGCAAGUAAUUGUCGUUGUGAGACACACAGAAAAAUGGUGGGG